AGCUACAAAACUGCAUUUCAGAAUGAUUACUGGUGGUCAGCGGAGAUACAGAUUAUGCAGCUCCACACAACUGUUGUUUUAAUCCCCCGGGAGAGGAGAUUUAGCAAGAAAAAAGACUGGCUUUAAAGCCAGCAGCCAUAUUGCAUUGGAAAACGACGGACAGACUAUGUUUUUGUGAGAAAAGUCGUCUUCCCAAAGAAACUAACAGACUUCAAGUUGGGUUCUUUUUUUCCAGACUUUUUUUCUGGCGGUGGGUUUGGGUUUCACAGCUAGCUUGCCAGUUGGCUAAGGAAUCUAGAGAUUUAGUAAAGUUCUUUGAGUAUUUUUUAUUUUGUUCUCUUUUUGACGAAAAGUGUCAAAUUUAGCACCUUUAGAAUGAAGGACCGAUUGGAGCAGCUUAAGGCGACUUGUGAUCAAGAUGACGAGGAGGUGGAGAUCGCUGUGGACAAUGCAGCCUUUAUGGAUGAAUUCUUCUCUCAGAUUGAGGACAUCAGGGGUAGUAUUGAUAAAAUUGAUGAGAACGUGGCUGAAGUCAAAAAGCUGUUCUCCGUCAUCCUAUCUGCACCCACAUCAGAUCAGAAAACCCAAGAUGAUUUGGAAGCUAUCACCAAUGACAUCAAGAAGAUGGCCAACAAUGCAAGAAACAAACUUAAGACCAUCGAGAGGAACCUGGAGUCAGAACAGCAGCAAGAGAGGGUGUCGGCUGACAUGCGGAUACGCAAAUCACAGCAUGCAGUGCUGUCCAGGAAGUUUGUGGAAGUAAUGACAAAGUAUAACGAAGCUCAGGUGGACUUCAGGGAGCGGAGUAAAGGACGCAUUCAGAGACAGUUGGAAAUCACUGGUAAAGCAACAACAGAUGAAGAACUGGAGGAGAUGUUGGAGAGCGGGAAUGCCGCUGUGUUCACUGCAGGGAUUGUAGACUCUGGGAUUUCAAAACAAGCUCUGAGUGAAAUUGAAUCAAGACAUAAAGACAUUGUUCGUCUGGAAAGUAGUAUCAAGGAGCUGCAUGAUAUGUUUGUAGACAUCGCCAUGCUAGUGGAGAGCCAGGGGGGGAUGAUUGACAGGAUUGAGAGCAACAUGGACCAGUCAGUGGGCUUUGUAGAGCGGGCGGUUGCAGACACUAAAAAAGCUGCCAAGUUUCAGCAAGAAGCUCGCCGUGUGAGUGACGGUUGUCAACGACAGCAGUCUGGUUUCCCAAAAGCAACAUCUGAAGGCUCUGAGGGGAAAAGGCAGCGUUUUCUUAACAUGAAUCAUAUUGUAGUAAGAAUGUAUUUUAUUUGUCAAAAACUCCCUGUUCCCUCUGCAUGCCGCUGUUUAAAAACCCAAAAAACAAGAUGGCUGGUAGGUUUGUGACUGUUUUUCUCUGUCAUCUUCUUCCUGUUAUUGGCUCACCACCUUCUGAGAUCCAGCACUGUAACGCCUCUCUUCUGUUCUUGUGAGUUGCUAAAGGGAACAUGGAUAGUUUCAUUGGCAUGUCCGUUGUUGCCCAUUGACUGUAAUCACCUUUUAAAAACGGCACAAAAAGCUCCUGUCAGUUUAGUCUGUCAUAAAACAAACCGUGACCUUUACCAUUUCAUUGGCCUUGUGGUAGAGUGUCCGCUCUAAGACUGGAAGAGUUCAAAUCGACAGCUGAAUUGUACCAAAAGCUAAAAAUGGUUCCCAGUGCCUCCCUGCUUGACACUCAGCAGUAUAGGGUUGGAUUGGGGGGUUAAACCACCAAAUGGAUUCUGAUCACGGCUGUUUCUGAGAACAAAUUUCAAACACCUAGGUGGAUGACAGCUAUAGACGUAUUUGUCCUAAAUAUUGCAUCUAAAAGGAGUAUGGAAUUCAUUUGAUCAAAGUGCUUUUGGGAAACCAGAUGUUGGACAACAUGAAGACAUCAUAUACCCUUCAUCUGCACCUUGACUGACCCGUUGAUGGUCCCCCGCCCUGAAACCUGCCGUGUUUGACACCUUUUGCCUUUCCCAACAGAAGCCUGAACCCCCUCAAACACUUUUUUAAGUCUCGUCUGUCUCUUGCUUUAACCUUUUAACCUUAAUGUUGCCUUUCAGCAGGGUCCCUUACUGAACAUGCCAUUUAUUUGGUAACAGUCAAUGUUGUUUGGACGGGAAACCUAAAUCUUGAUCCAUGUCUUCCAUAAACUUCAUGUACGCUGACGUUGAUGCUAUAAACAUGCACUUUUAAGAAAUGGCAUUCAUGCUCAUAAAUGUUUAGGAUGUGUAAUUGAUGUGUGCUUGGUUAUUCCUUAUAGAAAACGGUCAUAAUAGUGGUGAUUGUGGUCAUCUUACUGGCAGUAAUAACCCUCAGUAUCGGGUUGGGAGUGGGAUUAAAUCGUUGAGUUUGAGAAGAGUUAAAGGUGAGUAACCUCGGACCUGCUGUAGAAAAACAGUGGGUGUGGGUGUAAGGCAUGCUGAAGAGUUCCCCGUAGGCUGCAUGACUGAGUGCUUUGAAUAUCCAGGGAGCUUACUUAAGGUGUGUUUCUGUGUGCACGCAAGUUCUUGGGCGUGGAGUUUCACUUCUUUGCAUGAUCUGCCUCUGGUUACUGCUGACCACACAAAGAGGGGUGUUGGUGGAGACUUGAGAUUUUGGGUUGGUGUGUUUUUGGCUCAUUGUUUUUUUCACAGCAGUUAAACGUUAAACAUCCUUUCCCUCUUGUCUCUCUUUCUGUAGAAGAUGUACAUCAUAGGUGCAUGCUGUGCUGUGCUUGUUGUCGUCGUCCUCAUCAUCAUCCUCACCCAGACAAUAAAGUAGGACUGCCACCAUCGCAUCCAUUCAUCAUCCACUCCACUCUACUGUGCAUCAGCUGGCCGGCUGUGGGAAAAAAAAUACAUUUCAUGAGUGCAUCAAAAGAUUGAACAAUUCACGCUUUAAACAGAACUGUGUAGCAUUGAAACACUGGAAAAGAGAAGUGCAGUCACAGAUUCCCUCAUUUUUGGACUCUUAUUUUUGUUUUGAGGAUGUUAUGCUGCAAAUGAGGAAUUAACACUUGAAGCUGACAUCAGGUACGUUACCUGCUGUACCUCUGGAGUCAGAAAAAAGGGGGAAGCAGAAAAAUUCAUCACUCCAGUGGCGCUGAACAUUUCAUUGUUUUAAGAUGUGACUCCAAUUGUUCCCCUCUUUGUGUUUGUUGUGCAUUUGUGACACCAUGUUGAAGUACACAACCUCCUGAUCAUUUACUCCUUGCCUUCAUGAGCCUUGACACACUUUAUGCCUGAAAAGCUACCAAAUGUUCACUUUACAAGGAGUUAGUUGAUUAGUUUGUCCAGGGGAGUUCCAGCACUUUCACACUUCAGAAUUUCAAAGUAAGCUCCAUUAUAUGUAAUUGUCUUGUAAAUAAUAGAUUUAUUUUUGUGCUAUUUUUCUUUUUUAUGUCACCGUUCACUUAACUAAAUUAAACUUGCUAGUACUUUCUUAUGAUUCCUCAAUUUAGAGAGGUGCUCUUGUUGUCAAAUUUAACCGUGUGAAUGAGGGAUUAUGGGAAAUAUCUGAUAAAACUGCAGCAAAAGGACAGCUAACUAAAGAUAACUUGAAGUUUCAUUUUGACUAACUAAAAUGACAUUUAGUAAAACUGUUUUUAUUGCCAAAAAUGUUUGCAGAAAUGUUUAUAGCAGUGGUUAUCUUCUUUCCCAUAAGUAUUGAAAUACUUUUAAAACAAUGUUUUUUGUGUGAUUAUUAAAUAGCAAAUGAAAUAAAACGUAUAAUGGCAAAAAUAAAUGCUGGAAGUUCUCUUCUCCUGAAUAAGGAUAAAUUUUUCAAGUCUACUGUGUUUCAUGAACACUUCAGGGUAUGCACGUUUUUUUAAAAACUUUGUCUAUAUCUUAGCUUCUCAAAAAACAAAAGGUAAGUGUAACUAAAAGUGGAAAUCAAAAAAUGUUUUCUUCUAAGCAUGCAAAUAUAAACGUAUGAGACUGUUUCUUUUGUUAAGAGCUGAACAGCAUUUUAUUGCAGGGGUGUUAUGUUUAAUGACAGAUAUGGACUUCAUAAACUAUUUUUUUUUUCUAAUGGCAGCCUAGAAGACUUUACAAAAUAGAAGCGUACCUGCAGCAUAACUUUUUAACGGUACAAUCUGCUCCAUAAAACGUGUUUACACAAGCAACAAUCGCCCAGAAUCCAAUGCGGUUUUAUGUUUUUACCUGUCUUAACUUGUACCAGUGUUGGACAGCUCAACAAAACCCGAACAAAAAACAAUUUUAACAUCUUCAAAUUAAUUUCUGUGUUUUUAUUGUGCUUAAAAGUAUUGUUCUCAAUAAAAUGUUUAAAUAAAUCCAUUUAAAAAGUAAUAGAAAUGAGCCCAGUUUUGAUAAGUCAGUGAUGUCAUGAGGUUAAUAUUUCACUUUUAAGUGCAUGUAAGGAAUAGAAAUUGUUGGUCUUUGUUAAUGGAAUAACUUUGACUUCUAUUUUAUUGAUUGGAGUCACUUAAAUUUUGUACCUGAUGGUUAUUUUUUUAAUAUAAUAAAAGAUCUACUGGAGGCAUCCAUAAAAAGGUGCCUGUUAAUUAAAAACCAGUCGGUGCAACUUUUAUUUCUGCUUUUACCAGCCUCUCCAGGUGUUUUUUGAAAUGGUGGCGAUGUUUGCUCACCCCACACGCUUUUCCUUCUCCAUGAUCUUCUGCAAACGUUAACACAUUUUUACCUCGUCUUACCAGCCAAUGAGAAUGUGGGUCCAGAAACAUUUUAAAAAUAAGUGUCGUUAACUGAGGAUGUUUUGUGGUCGUGUUGGCUUUCCUAAAAGAAAUAAAAAUGUCCCCUUGACCUGCUGACGGCCCAUUUUUGUUUGUGUGAAUUGAAACUUCUUGCUGACGGUGUAGCUGAGGACUUGUUUUAAGUGUGUUAUAUGACUUAGUAGCUGCUGUCAGCAGACGGUUUGCUCUGGAAUUUAACCACUGUGUUGCAAAGUCCUUGUUUUUAAAGGCUACUGGAAAAGAGGAGGUAAGCUUUGUUACCUUUUCCUUCUCCUAAAUCCACACAAUAAACCUCUCUGACCUUACGUUCCUCUAUUCCCAAACAUUUCCUCCAACCUUUGACUACAAACCCAAGUGACGACUGUAUUGACACAGUAAAAUUCAAUUGUCUGACUAUUUGUUUCCAUUUACCCUUCAGAAAAAAAUGAUGAUUACAUUGUGCUGUGCCAUCAUUGGAAUUGUCGGGUUCUCCUAUAUGUACAGCUUCUUUUCGUAAGCUGCACAACACAGUGAUCCAGGUGUCUCCAAGGGGAAACCCUACCUAAGAUGAACCCUUUCUCCUCCAUUUUAUGUGAUUUUUUUUUUUCUUCUUCUCAAAAUUUAUCGAUAAAUAACAAAAUUUUACCGAUGAUUACAAAAAAAACUUUUUCACGCUUUCCCUUCCAUACCAACCUGAAAUUAUUUUCCAGCUGUAUAGUGUUUGAAAAUGUGCUAUUAUGUAUGUUUAGAUUAUUCUUAGGCUGUUAUUAAAUAGCCAGAUUUACACAUGGCAUGAUAUUGGGAGGCACUGCGACCUGUAACCUGCCUUUGCACCUAAAGCAGCUGGAAUAGGCUCCAGCAACCCGGGAACCCUCCACAGGAUUCAAUGGAACAAAAAAAAAAAAAAAAAAGGAUGGAUGGAUGAUGUGUUCAGAUCACUUGGGUCAGUUUAGCGCCUCUCUGGGGUGCGUUUUAGAAAAAUAUUCAUUUAUAGAUGAAGUCUUCAAGGAUUUAAAGAAACGUGUUAUUAUUGUGCCAUGCAGGUUUUUAUUUAUUAGCUUAAAAAUAUUCAGUUUGGUGACGUUUUCUGCUUCUAUUGUUAAUCAACAAAAAAAUGCAAUGUUUGUUUGUAUUGUGUGUUCGAUCUGUCUGUGAUGGCCUCUCUGUAACAGCUGCUUCCACUUGCUCAUCAGCUGUAUGUUCAAGCAUGUUAUGUAAUAAAAGCUUCCUGUGAGUUCAA